AUGCAGAAUAUUGACCUUGGACUGGACCACACCACUGUUGACUUCAGCGCUGUACUAGCAGACCUGCAGACUACCGUCAGUCACCUGCAGUCUGCUGUAACCACUCUGCAGCAUACAAUUGUGACUCUUGCUUCAUCUCCAUUGGUCCUACAAACACAACCAUCUACCCAGGCUAUUGCCACCAAUUCUACCAUUACCGCGCCAAAUACAACUCAGCGGUCCAUUCAGAGUCUAGACUAUCCUGAUCAUGUUCCCGGCAUAUUUUACAAACAAACAUUGAGUGGUGAGGCUUGGCAGCCAAUCUAUUCAGAGCGUAUCAGAAGCAAAGCAAUUGCUCUUACUACCGACUUAGAUCGACAUAAUUCAAACCACGCUUCAAAUAUUUCUUCUACUCGGGCCCUGGAUGAGAGGUCGUACCAUGUCACUAAUCAGGAUGUCAGUGGGGUGACCACAUCGUGGGCAAUAGCAGGCCACAUGACUCAGGGCAUCCCAAGUGCCCAUGUCCAUCGAAUUACUCAAUGUUCUGCGAGGACACGCCCGUGGUUUAAGUUUUAUGUAGUAUGGGCUGGUAGACGUCCAGGCAUCUAUACUACCUGGAGUGACUGUGAGAGCCAAGUGUCUCGCUAUUCGGGUGCCAUGUAUCAAGGGUUUCAUACAAGUGAUCAGGCUUGGGCGGCGUUUGCAUUGGGAUGGCUAUGGGUUUGA